AUGGCUUCGUCCUUGGGCGCAGCACCCAAUAGGGGGCGCAGAUGUCGGCGGGAAGUUGCAUUUCAGGGGUGUCGGCGGCGGCGUGGAGUGCCCAUUCGAGAGGCGCCAGCAGAGGAUUUUGCAGGUGUGGACUUUCAGAACUCCAGCAGCAUCAGUCAAAAUGACAGUCCUAUUUCAAAAGCAACUGUAGACAUUGAACAAAAAGUUCAUUCUGAGAGUCUGCAAAGAUCUAGAAGGGGUAAUUAUCAAAACGUGAGGGAGAAGAGAAAGUACAUUCCUGACUGGAGGCUUGUGCGCACGUUAAUGUUGGAAGUGUCUCUAAUCAACAUGGACCGCAAAACUUUGCAAGAAGUAGACAGAGCUUUGGAAGUAGCCAUAAAUAAUCUCAAGUGUUUAAAGACUGCAGAGGAGAUGCUUGAACAAUUGGUCACUGAAGCAAAGCAAGAAGAAGGCAAGACUGCAGGUGUUAUUGAUACCACAUUUACAGACUUCAUUGCUGCAUUAAAUUCAAGGAAAAGGAAAUUGCAGACAGAGUUGGUAGUGAGCACCAGUAACUAUAUAACUGAUGUGCAUAAAGUUCAGUUGUCUAUUAUAGAGAAGAAAAGCAGCUUGGAUGGAGCCAUAAAGAUAGCAAGAGGGUUCAAAGCGAAGCCUCCUUUUAAAAGUUGCCAUAGUUUAAAUCAGGUUCUUUGCAAUUUAAAAAUGACCGUGGAGGAUGAAGUUUCAAAACUGGAGAAUAUUAAAAAAAGAGCACUUCCAAGGUUUUACAUAGAUGGUGAUAAGAGUGCCUCUGUGUUAGAAAAAAUGGGGAAAAUUCACCUUGAUGAGAUUGAUCUGUACAGCUUUGGAGAUGGUGCUUUAAAACUGAGCAGUGUGGAACAAGACUUCGAAAGUGCUGUACCUCGAGGAAAAACAAAACAUGACCCAUUGCUCGAGGAAAACAAUACAAAUUUUUCCACAGAAGAAUGUGAUGUCCAGCUCGCCCAGAUCCAACAAAUGGCUCAAUUAUCAACUCAGAAGUGCCUUGCUACUUUGCCUCAGACCGUAUGUACUCCAGAUGUCAUAAUUGAAGAAAUAAUUGAAGAUGAUCCAGAACAAUAUCCUGAGGAUCCACAUCAGACUUCUCCAAAACUUCUCCAAAAACUUUUCCAAAAACGGCUGGUGCCAUUUGGAGUGAAAGCAGGCUCUCCAGAAUUAGUUUUUGUCAGUUGUGUAAUAAGCCCUUGCCACUUCUAUGUUCGGAUGCUUUCACAAAAGAAAAUGUUAGUUCAUUUGGAAAAAAUAUUAAAGCAGUUCUGUAAUAGUAAGAAAACAUCCUCUACAGACAUCUUGGCGUUGGGGGCAAGAGUCUUUGUUAAAAGUAAAGAGCAUGGAAUGUGGUGCCGAGCGACAAUUGUUGAACUAAUUCCAAAGCAGGAUACAAAUGAGGGGAAGCCCUGUGGUCCGACAAAAUACAAAAUUUGUGAUGUUGCAAUGAUGCAGAUAUUCUUUAUAGACUUUGGACAUUCCGAAGCAUUAGCUGUUUCAGGGUUUGCUAAUGAUGUUGCUGUAAAUCCAGAGCAUGCUGCUCUAGAAUAUGUAGUCACAGAAGACUUGUGCUCAGUUGUAAGGAUACCUGAUUUUCUUAUAGAGGCACAACUUAGAGGGAUAAAUAAGUUAGCACUGAAGUGCUCCUUGAAGGACAUUGUUCCCAAGCAUUUGAGUGAAGGUUGGAGUAGAGCGGCAAGAGCAGCAUUUCUGAAAAUGGUCAAUAACAAAACUGUCCAAAUGAGAGUGUUCAGAGAAGAAGAUGGUGUUCUUAUUGUAGAUCUGAUGAAACCUCCAGCCAACAGAAUAAGCAGUGACAUGCCAAUAUCCCUCAGGGAUGCAUUAAUUUUUUUGGAUUUUGCGAGCUUCCGUAGAGAACUUGCUGAUCAGUCUGAAAAUUCUGUGCCACUGCAAUACUGUCUACCUGCGGUGCCCCAAGAAAACACAGCAGCUUCCGUUGUUGUUACUUAUAUCAACAAUCCUGGUGACUUCUAUAUUCAGAUGCUAGACAGUCCAGAGUUUGCGUUUUUUCUGAAAAAGAUUGAUGAAGUCUAUAAAACCGAAAGUGGAGAUAACUUGGAAAUCCUCUGUCCGAUCCAAGGUCAACCCUGCAUUGCCAAAUUUGAAGACGGGGUUUGGUACAGGGCGCAAGUAAUAGGACUUCCUGGCCAUCAACAAGCUGAGGUUAAAUAUGUAGAUUAUGGCAACACUGCUAAAAUAAACGUGAAGGACAUGCGCAAGAUAAAAGAUGAGUUCUUAGCUGCUCCAGCAAAGGCCAUCCAGUGCAAGCUGGCCCAUGUUGAACCAUGUAAAGGAACUAGCGAGUGGAGCAGUAAGUCCAAGUGCAGAUUUGAAGAAAUGGUUCAAGAAAAAGUUAUGCUGUGCCAUUUUAUUGAAAAUUUGCCAGAAAAUGUAUUAUUUGUUGAGCUCUAUGAAAGUGUAUCAGCAUUACCAAGUCUGUCUUGUAGCAUUAAUAGCAUCCUGGUUAAUGAAGGGCUAGCAUCGCAUGUAACAAGGAAUCCCCAGGCGACUGCCGUUACUUACAAUGAAGUGUGGGAUCCUCCUCCCAAUGAAGCCUUCGCAAAUGAGAUGGAUGUUUUAAGUCCUGGGAGUACAGAUCUGUCACAGAUGGAGGAUUUGGUAUUAGAGUGUAACAAAGAACUGGAAGCGAGAAUUAGUCAUGUUGUUUCUCCAAGCAAAAUCUUUGUGCAUUUGCAGUCAGCAGAAAAACUGCUAAACAUCUUACAGGAAAAGAUGUCUGCCACUUACAACACGUCUGAGGAAGAAGAAACCGUUCAGUGGGGAAAAGAUAUGAAUUGUGCUGCUGAUAUGCAUGGUUUAAAUCAGUGGCAUAGAGGCCACAUCUGCAAGAUCGUUUCUGAAAAUGUUGUGGAGGUAUUCUUCUUCGAUUUUGGCAUAACCAAAGCUGUGAAUACCAUCCGUCUAAGAAAACUUGACGAGAAUUUGAUGCGUUUUGAGCCUUUAGCAGUGGCAUGCUCCUUAGCAGGCAUAAGACCAGCUGGUGGGACUGAGCAGUGGACAGCAACCGCGUGUGAUACACUAGCACAAUACUUAAGUGGAGCUACAGUUAAAAUAAUCAUCCAGGAUAAAAAAGCUUCACCAUUUCCUGCAAAAAUGUUUCAGAAAGAUGGUGGCUUGUACACCGACAUUUCGGAAUACAUAAUUAAAGAAGGUUUGGCAUUUAGGAAAAGAAGAACAGACUUAAUUAGAGCAUUACCUGAGAAAUCGCAGGAAAUUCCUGUACAGCAAGAGAAUAUGGACAUAAAUGACUCCACUGCAAAAGCACAAUUUAUACUGAGCUCUUCUGCACCAGAGGAAGAAGAAGCUAAUCUUCCUGUUAAAGAUCAUGAAGAUACAGAAUCAGAAAGAUUUGUGGAUCUGUCCAGAGUGGUUGUAACAUAUAAACCACCAGUUAUUCCUAGUUUGAACCAGUUCAGUGCUUUUGUCAGCUGUGUUACAGACAAUGGAACUAUUUAUGUUAUACCAAAGUCACAAGAACAACAGUUAACCAAGCUGAUGAGCGAUAUACAGAACAACGUCAAAAGUCUGGGUCUUCUGGAACCCUACAGUUGGAAGCAGGGGGAGGCUUGUGUUGUCAGAGGUCCAGAUACUCUGUGGUAUCGUGGUGAAGUUACGGAAGUUGGUAGCAGCACUAUCAGGGUACGAUACUUAGAUUUUGGAUACGUUGAAAAGAUUCCUCAGUGUCAUCUCUAUCCAACUGUCUUGUUUGAUGACAUACCUCCUUUUUCCAUACCCUGUCAGCUCUAUAAAACUAAACCAGUUGGAAAUACUUGGCAGCAGGAUGCAGUUGAGCUCCUCCAAGAACUGCUUACCAAGAGGCUUGUGAAAAUACAUAUCGAGGAACGAUCAGAUGAGCCGUGGGGAAAUAUAUCUGUUAAGCUGUUCUUUAAUGGGAUGUCACUUUCUUCCUUCAUGGCAUACCACAAACAUUGCAUCACUGAAGAGGAGGAUGGAGAUAUACCCAAACUGAAUCAAACAGAAUGCAGUGAGGAGCCUUUGGAAGAAAAUUGUGGAAUUACUUAUGAGGAAUUGCUGUUGUCUGAAGUAGACACUCCUCUGCUUCCGCCAUAUACUUCUCCAUCUCUGCCUGUUCUUGGAGCUCUCUUUCCAGUGAAAGUAACACACAUUGUGUCACCGAAUGAGGUGUACAUUUCUCUUGAUCAGCCAGAGAAUUCUAUCCAGUUUAGUGAUACAGAGAAGAGCGGAAACAGCUCGGAUUCAGACUGCAAAACGCUUAAGGAAGCCUUGACUUGGUGCAACCAGAACAUUGAGUCCUGUCCCUGUCUAACUGAUUUUCGAAAUGAAAUGCCUUGCCUUGCACAGUACAUUGAUGGUUCGUGGUAUAGAGCACAACUCCUUUCUGUUAAGGAAUUCAAUCCUCUUCUGAUUUUGGUUCAGUUUGUUGACUAUGGAGCAACAGAAAAGCUGUCCACAACCAGGUUACGUCAGAUUCCUCCUUAUCUUAUGCAGUAUCCCGCUCAAGCAUUCAGAGUUUUGCUGGCUGGAUUUAAACCUUCCUUAUGUAGUUCAGAAACUGACAGAAUUCCUUAUUGUCCUGAAUGGAGCACAGAAGCACUGUGGGCCAUGAUAGAUUGCAUUCAAGGGAAACGUCUGCAGGCUUCCUCUCUGACUCACUCACCAGAUCAUUGUGUGUUUUUGUAUGAAGAUGGACACCUGGUUCACAUGAAGCUGGUAGAAAUGGGAUUGGCUGAGUUAAGUCAGUGA